CCCGGCAGGAAGCGGGCGGCCUGGGCGGAAGCAGCCUGCGGGCCCCUUCCGGCGGCCGCUGGGGCCACGUGAGCUGGCGCGGAAGCACCGCGGGGACGGUUGGAGCGCGCGCCCUGCCGCCCGUAACGGCUCGCGUCGCCAUGGAGACGGAGACGGAGGCGGCCGCCGCCGAGAGCGGCUUCAGGAGCGUCUCGUCCAAGCGGAGCCGGCGGAAGCGGCGGGCGGGCGGCGGCGAGGAGGCGGCGGCGGCGGCGAUGGACACGGACGCGGCGGGCCCGCGGCCCGGCAAGAGGCCCUCCUUCCCGCCCGUGGCCGCGGAGGCGCUGCGGGUUGGAAAUGAGGAAAUCAGGAAGGUUCCUGUGCCAGCUAACAGGUAUACCCCCUUAAAGGAGAACUGGAUGAAAAUAUUCACGCCUAUCGUGGAACACUUGCAGCUUCAAAUCAGGUUUAAUUUAAAAACAAGAAACGUUGAAAUCAAGACUUGUCAAGAGACAAAGGAUAUAAGUGCUCUAACAAAAGCAGCUGAUUUUGUGAAAGCCUUCAUACUUGGGUUUCAAGUUGAGGAUGCUCUUGCUCUCAUCAGAUUAGAUGAUCUUUUUCUAGAAUCCUUUGAAGUUACAGAUGUCAAACCUUUGAAAGGAGAUCAUCUGUCAAGAGCAAUAGGGAGAAUAGCAGGGAAAGGUGGAAAAACCAAAUUCACUAUAGAAAAUGUAACAAGAACACGAAUAGUUCUUGCUGACGCAAAAAUUCAUAUUUUGGGAUCUUUUCAGAACAUAAAAAUGGCACGAACAGCAAUCUGCAAUCUAAUUUUAGGGAGUCCUCCAUCCAAAGUUUAUGGCAAUAUUAGGGCUGUGGCCAGCAGAGCAGCUGAAAGAUUCUGAGAUGAAGAAGUGCUGCUGUACCAAGGACUGUGGCUGGGAAUCUUGAGUUCUGUGUACAAGAUGUGUAUUAAUGGAGGCCUUGGAGUUACAGAAGUACCUGCUUCAUCUUCUACUUGAUUUGGAAGCCAAAAGAAGCCAGGACUACUUGUGCAGUCCAACUUCCUUCAGACAUACUGACUCAAGUAUUUUAAGUCAUUCUUCCUUGUGUAUAGGUAUUAAAAAUCUUCUAAAUGGGCUGUGUCCAUAUCAGAAGCAGUGUUGACUGAUUCUGCGUAAGCUUCUCCUCAACUUCAACUGAUUUUUCUGAAUCUUAAAGCAUUAAGGCACUGCUAUGAGGACUUUGGAAAUUCUUUGAGAAGGCUUUGAAGAGCCUAAAGAAAUCAGCAUAGUUAAGUGCUCAGAAUCAUGGCUCAGUACCUUUCUAGAAGAAGUUGUGUGUAAUUCCAGGUGUUUACUGGCAGGCUGUCUAAAAACUCUAGGAUGAGACCAUCUUGUCUAUCCCUAGUCUGAGCAAGUAUAUGAUGAAUUAGACUCAAAGUCUGCUGCUGGUGCAAUGGAAUGUAUUACAAAAAAAAAUAAAGAAGGAAAUGAAGAUAAA